GGUAAUCUUGCUUUCCGUGAUGUUACUACGAAAGGCUUCCGGACAGAAGCGAACAUCCGGCUAUACCCAGUCUCAGUAAUUCCGGAUUUUCCGUCCAAAAAAGAAUGGAGGCGCUUUUGGUCAACUCCUAUGGCUGUACCUGUGCGCAACCUCUGGUUUCGGGCACUUCACCAAAGCUAUCUUGCCGUGCUACCUUUCAUCGAAUCUGCCUCGGACAACUGUCCUUGUGCGUCCACGGAAUUGAUGAUCUUCUUCACUUCCUCGCCGAUUGUCCCAAAAAACGUCGCAUAUGGCGUUCUGUCUGGCGUGUUCUUCUGCUGCUGUUUGUUGCCGAUGCUCAAAUCCACGCCGCUAUCUUACAUCUACCAUUCCCACCGGAUCCACCGAGCACUCGUAGUCACAUUGUUUUCGAAGCAAUCCGUCAUGGCUUAUGGCGGGUUCACUGGGUCUUGGUUUUCGAUAACCGACCAUUUAUCAUUAACUCUUUAAUUCAAGCUAUCCACAAGACUAUAACCCGUAGAAUAGCGGAACAAAAUCUACCUAUGCUCUGUGUGUAAAUUUCCACUAUGCUUGUAUCUCCUCUCCACCUCUCAAUAUGACGUGGUUUGAAAUGAGAUUCGGACGCAGAGCACCUAAAAAAUACAUG